UGCACGGAGCAGCGGAAGUCACACCGGAAGUAGUGCGCAGUUGUUGUCCUGACGGCUGAGCAGCGUCGCGUCCAGAACCUCCGCGCUGUGCCGGUUCUGCCAGAGUUCUGCUAGGGUUCUGGUUGGGUUCUGCGGGCCGGGAAGAUGCCUAAGGUGGUCUCCAGGAGCGUGGUGUGCUCCGACACCCGGGACCGCGAGGAGUACGACGACGGCGAGAAGCCGCUGCACGUCUACUACUGCCUGUGCGGCCAGAUGGUUCUGGUUCUGGACUGCCAGCUGGAGAAGCUGCCGAUGAGGCCCCGGGACCGGGCCCGGGUCAUCGACGCGGCCAAACACGCCCACAAGUUCUGCAACGUGGAGGAGGACGAGGCGGCCUUCAUCAAGAGGCCGGACGGCAUCGAGCGGCAGCACCGCCGCAAGUGCGGCAAGUGCGGCCUGCUGCUCUUCUACCAGCACCAGGACAAGAACGCGGCCGCCACCUUCAUCGUGGACGGCGCCGUGGUCAAGUUCGGCCAGGGCUUCGGCAACACCAGCGUCUACAGCCAGAAGCAGCCCGAGGCCCCCAAGAAGGUCCGGGUGAUGAUGACCAAGAGGACCAAGGACAUGGGCAAGUUCAGCUCCGUCACCGUGUCCACCAUCGACGAGGAGGAGGAGGAGAUCGAGGCGCGGGAGGUGGCCGACUCCUACGCGCAGAACGCCAAGGUGAUCGAGAAGCAGCUGGAGAGGAAGGGCAUGAGCAAGAGGAGGCUGCAGGAGCUGGCCGAGCUGGAGGCCAAGAGGGCCAAGAUGAAGGGCACGCUGAUCGACAACCAGUUCAAGUAGGUCUGAGUCUGGAUCUGAACCUGGGUCUGGGUCUGGAUCU